AUGGAAAUCCGCAUUGGGCGAGGAGAACUGUAUGAAAAGUACACUGAAAAAGAGCUUUUGUUUGAGGAUAUACGCACAUUGCACGAGGAAGAGGAGAUCCGAAAGGAAAUGGACAAAAAGAAAUGCCUUGAAAACGCUAAAGCUGUCAACUUGAGAAAGAGAGCUAUGGAGAGAUUGUCACCAGAAAAAGCGGCAGGAAGGAGUAGCAGCGCUGUUCUCUUCUACAUCCGAUCUAGAUCUGACAAUGACAGACAAGUAAAGCGCGAAGAAAUGGACAAAAGGAGAGAGGAACUUAGGCUAGAAAGAGUUUGCAUUGGAGAAGGAAGAAAGAAAACAAAGAAUAGGAAUGGACAAACAACACAAUAUAAUGAUGUUAAGUUUAUCUGA